AUGUUAAAAGUAUUAAUCCCCACGAUUAUGUUAUUCCCAAUAAUCUGAUCAUCAUCACCUAAAUGACUAUGACCCACAGCUACUACUCAAAGCCUAUUAAUUGCACUUAUUAGCCUUACCUGAUUAAAAUGACCAUCAGAAACUGGAUGAUCAGCCUCCAACAUGUACUUAGCCACAGACCCCUUAUCCACCCCCCUCCUAGUCCUAACAUGCUGACUUCUUCCUUUAAUAAUCUUGGCCAGCCAAAACCACUUACACCCAGAACCAAUUAACCGACAACGCCUAUAUAUUAGCCUUUUAAUCUCUCUACAAACUUUCCUAAUUAUAGCAUUUGGAGCCACAGAAAUUAUUAUAUUCUAUAUUAUAUUUGAAGCCACCCUCGUCCCCACGCUCAUUAUUAUUACCCGGUGGGGUAACCAAACUGAACGCCUGAAUGCCGGAACCUAUUUCUUAUUUUAUACUCUAGCAGGCUCAUUACCACUUCUAAUUGCUCUCCUCCUGCUUCAACAAUCAACAGGAACACUAUCAAUACUAAUUUUACAAUACUCUCAACCACUAACACUUAACUCCUGAGGUCAUAACAUCUGAUGAGCCGGAUGCUUAAUUGCAUUUCUAGUAAAAAUACCGCUCUAUGGAGUCCAUCUUUGACUACCCAAAGCCCACGUUGAAGCCCCAGUAGCAGGGUCUAUAGUUCUGGCCGCAGUACUGCUAAAGCUUGGGGGCUACGGAAUAAUACGAAUAAUAAUUAUGUUAGACCCACUAUCAAAAGAACUCGCUUACCCCUUUAUUAUCUUAGCCCUAUGGGGCAUUCUCAUAACUGGUUCAAUUUGCUUACGACAAACAGACCUAAAAUCCCUAAUCGCAUACUCAUCAGUAAGCCAUAUAGGCCUAGUAGCAGGAGGAAUUCUAGUUCAAACCCCUUGAGGAUUCACAGGUGCAAUCAUUUUAAUAAUUGCCCACGGACUAGUAUCAUCAGCAUUAUUUUGUCUAGCCAAUACCACCUAUGAACGAACCCACAGCCGAGCUAUAAUAUUAGCCCGAGGCAUACAAAUAAUUCUCCCACUGACUGCAGUCUGAUGAUUUAUUGCUAACUUAGCAAACCUAGCACUACCACCCCUCCCAAACCUAAUAGGUGAAAUCAUAAUUAUUACCACCUUAUUCAACUGAUCCCCAUGAACCAUUAUGCUUUCAGGACUAGGAACACUAAUUACAGCAGCUUACUCCCUAUACCUAUUCUUAAUAACUCAACGGGGACCAACACCAAACCACAUUAAAGGGCUUUCACCAUUUCACACCCGAGAACAUCUACUAAUAGCUCUUCACCUUAUCCCUGUUAUCCUGCUAGUGACAAAACCAGAACUCAUCUGAGGCUGAUGCUACUA